UCAUCCAUUCAUCCCUCCACCACGAUCCGAAGUUCUAGAGUUUUAGAACGAAGAUGGCUCUCUCCAAAGCUCAAGCUGUGCCGGUUGCCUUCCUAGCAUUGUUUGUUUUCUCAGUAGUCUCAUCCGAUCCAGACCCACUCCAAGACUUUUGCAUUGGAGAUCUCAAUGUUGUGCCCGGUAUCAAUGGCUUCCCUUGCAGGAACUCAUCGACAGUCACCGUGGACGAUUUCAUCUACAGCGAAAUCGUCAAUUCUUCCAACACCACAAACAUCAAUCGCUCAGGGGCAAUCUUUGGAACAGUGAGAAGAUUCCCAGGCCUCAACACCUUGGGUCUCUCCAUCGCCAGGCUGGACUUCCUUCCCGGAGGAUUCAUCCCCCCACACACCCAUCCGAGAGGCUCGGAGAUGGUCUACGUAGAAGAGGGGAGCGUCUACGCCGCCAUUGUCACCACGGACAAUCGCUUGUUUGCUCGGGUGAUCAACAGGGGCGAAGUUAUGGUGAUUCCUCGCGGAUUGAUUCACUGGCAGAUGAACGUUGGAAGAACAAAUGCGAAGAUCAUUGCCAUUCUCAACUCCCAGUUUCCUGGAAUCCAGUUUAUUGCAGCGUCCAUGUUUGGUUCCCGCCCAGAGGUCCCGGCUGAGGUGCUCAAGAAGACCUUCUUUUUGGAUGAGAGGACCAUCGAGCAAGUGCGAUCCAAGUUUGUUUGAAUUUAUUUCAUUAAUCUUUAAACUUAAAAUGAAAUUUAAAUA